CAUCUUCUACUGUCAGAUUGGUAUAGAGUUGGCUUUGCUUCUGCAGGUAAAAAGAACUGAGCGACACAAAUUAUGAAACAUUUGUUCUAGCAAGACAUCGAAACGCAAUAGAACAACAGUACGCUUAGGUCGCAAGAAAAAAAGAUUUGAAGCCUUGAAGAGCAAAGUAAAAGCGUGCAACACCUUUGGCGCUUGGAAACAAAAUCUCGCUUUGUCAACAUUUAGCCGGGGCACGCAUUUUACAAGGAACUUCGACAGCUGCGUGUUUUCGAGCAAGCCAUCAACAAAGAAUGAAACCCCUAAAACGAGCUCUGGAAGAGGAGCAGAUACGGGAGCUGUCGUCAGCCAUGUCUGACAGCGACCCCUUUGAGGAUGACGGCUUUCCCCUUGACCUGUCAGGGGGCGGCGUGGCCUCUGGUAAGCGGCGUCGCCGCGGCAACCUGCCCAAGGAGGCGGUCAUUGUGCUGCGGACCUGGCUGUAUGAGCACCGCUACAACGCCUACCCUUCAGAGCAGGAGAAACUCAGCCUGUCAGAUCAGACCAGCCUCUCCGUGCUACAGAUAUGCAACUGGUUCAUCAACGCCCGUCGCCGCCUCCUCCCUGACCUUCUCCGCAAGGACGGCAAAGACCCCACCCAUUUCACCAUCUCCCGGCGGGCAGGAAAAGGUGAGGGUCGCUCAUCCACUGGUGGUGGAGGUAGCUCCCCUGAAAGCCCCACCUCCUCGGUCCCCUCACCAUCCCUGCCCCCACUCCGGCCCUCGGUCAUCCGGCCAGCCCCCACGCUGGACCUCAGCCUCCUGGGAAACACAGCCACGGCCAUUCUGACGGGAGCUGGCUACCCAGGCCAAGAGGGCUGCUGCGUCCAGGCCCUGAUGCAGCUGGACAUGCACGUUCUCCUGAGGGAGGUCGAGGAGAAGGGCUCUACGGUUAUUAGCGCCAGUCCUACUGGCGGGCUAUUCAACACGCCACCCCCCACCCCUCCGGAGCUGUGCCCUGGCCAGGACUUCAGUGACCUGAGGCUGCUGGUGGAUGCAGCUCUUCAGAGGGCCGCUGAGCAUGAGAGUCAGACGAAGGCCACUACAGAGGCCACGGUCUGCAGCAGUGGUAUGGGUCUGACCCUUCCACCAGAGCCGAGCCAAGCUACGCUGAACUCGCCCAGAGAGCAGAGUCCCACGGAAAAGGCUGUGGUGUCCGCAGUUUCAGUCCCAAACCCCGGCACAGUCUCUUCAGCACCUAAACUCACCCCAGCCUUUUCCUUCAUUCCUGCGCCAAGUCUGCCUCCUCGCCAGGCCCAAAUUCCAGUCCUAGUGCCAGUUUCAACCCCUGUCCCAACCUUCAUCCCAGCACCAAUCAAACCCCCUGUGUCAGCCCUAAGCCCUGUUCAAACCUUCACCCCUUCACUAACUUUAUCCCCUGUCCCAGUCUCAUCCCCAACUUUAGCCCUAGUCCAAGCACCUCCGCCAGCCCUCACCCCAUUCCUAGGCCUUUCUUCCUCCAUCCCCAGCAGCAGCAGUGUCCAGAGGGCCCAGUCAGUGGCCAGUGUGUGGAGCAUGGUCCACAGCGACGUUCCAGUUCGACAGCCUGGUCCCGUGGCACAGACUCCCAUAGCCACAGUGUGGGGGGCGCAGCACACCCUGCAUGCUGUCAGUGAGACAGUCAACUAGAGCCACGGCCCACACCAAGCUGUGUAUAUCUGAGGACAUAUUCCUUUCAUCAACCCACUGAUCCUGUAUGUCUCUGCUCUGCACUCUGUAUAUGCAGAACUGUCAUAUACAUCAGACACAGGGAUGGAAAUACAAGUGUUUUAAAGACGAUGCUUUUUUAAAGCAUUUUUUUAAUCAGGACUUUUAACAAAAUAUUUUUUCCAAUAGAGCCUGUUGCUGGGCAGAAGCUGUCAACUUGUCAACAUUCCAGAGUGUAGGUUAAAUGUGAUGUCAACAUAAGAACGACAACACAAAGUUCUAUUAUGUAGUUUUGAACUCUUACUAUCUCAACCAUUUCCAAACGAGGACAUUUCCUUCCCCUGUUAAACAUUUUUUUAAUGUCUUGAAGCCAGCACCAGCAGAUCUAGCCUCAUCAGUAGCAGUAGCAGGACUUGGUUGAAUGUAUAAAGCGGGACUCGAUUACUUUAAACCCUGGCUGUCUAGCCUGUCAAUCAUUCCCACCAAGGAUAAACAAGGGCGGACUUGGGGCGGAGACAACCGUGUUUGUUUGUUUCAAGCGCUAGUGUCGUGCUCCUCCAGUACAGUUUAUGCACUUUAGAUUUUCAUUUUUUAGUCCGGCCUUCACAAUCUCAAGCAUUCCGACGCCCCCUUCCCCCUCCUCACAAUGCCGGAAGACAGGCGGAAGGGAAAUUGAUUGUACUGCAGUGUGCCUGACUGCACAGCUCCAAUGUCCUUCUCCUUGCCUUAAAGCGACUGUAAACAUGUGGCCACCAGGGAUUCUACAUCGAAGACACACACCCAAAAUCAUCAGUCGCAAAGUAUAUGAACACUACCAUUUUGUUUUACUUAUAAAAAAAAAAUCCUUUUCACCCAUUUCCAAAAUAGUAUCUCAGCGGGUAAGCAGUAUUUGUGUGUAUAUAUGAAAGGAAUGUUUUUUUUGUAUUGCUCUGUUAUCUUUAUGUAUUGUGUAUGAUUUCCUGGGAUGUUUUUAAUGUGGAUGUGGAGGAGGUGACAUCCCUGUGUGUGUGUGUGAACGUAAGGUCAUGUAACAGAACUCAAUUUCUGUGGUCGACGCUGAAGGCUUAGUCAGGUGACGCGGUCAGGCUAGUGCCCUAGUAUGCCAUAGUUGAUGGAUGAAGACUGUUACAAACAUUUUCAAGCUUUUGGGUCAUCCUGUUUGGAGAGGGUUUGACCCAAGUAGCAAAUCAUUGGAGCCUUAAGAUCUGGUCCUUGUAUUUCAAACCAAAAUGUCUUAAUUGAAAUACUCUUAGUAGUUCCCUCGGAUGACAAAGGCUGGUCAGUGUUGUAUUGAAGUCAUUGAUCAAUGUUGAGGUUAUUGAGAAGCAAACUCUCUGGAUAAUUUGACUCUCCUUUCCUCUCUGUAUUUUCUCUCUGUUAGUGGACUAUAUCCUCUCUACAGUGUUACUCAUUCUUAUACGGUUGUAGUUUCCAUGAAACGGUCUUAGUUCAUAUACCACAUUUUAUGGCUAAAUCCUAACUUUUGACGCAGCACAAAUAUUCGUGAGACCCUACGUCAACACACUGUGCUGCUGCAAAGUCUUAUAUUCUGUCAGGUCAAACAGGUCCAACUUAGACUUUUCUCUAUUCUUUUCAACUCUUAAGCUUUGAAAAGACCAUUGUGUUACAAUUCCAGAAAAUGUUUGAUCUUCCAGCUAGAAAGAAGCAUGAGGAGCUGAUAUGGAGUUUUGUUAUUAUUAGCCUGGGUUUGUGACGCGCACUGAUCCCAUUCUCUCCGUCAUGUCUCCCAGAUAUGUAGGCUACCCCUGGAUUUCUUUCAUACGGCUGGAUGUCGGCAUUGUUUCCUGAUUUGUCGUUGGGAAAGGUAGAUCGUACAGGUACUCCACUAACGGAGAUGUGCUGAAGAGUUUUAAGGCUCACACGCUGCACCCAAUGUGGAUCUAGCAUUCUGCCUGUCAUUCAGCACGCUGUCUUUUGGGGACCUGCUGUAUAUUGACUGCCCAAAUUUUUAUGUGUUUCUAUGUGUAAAAUCGGUGCGCACUCUGUUGGCAAAUUAUGUUCACAGGUGCUAAGUAUUCUCAGCCAGCAAACACUUUUGGUGCGUCUGAGCCCUUAACUCCUCCUUAAACAGUUUGGGGGAAGGAAGGGUUCCUGGUCAUAGUGAUUUGUAAGAAAUAAUGGUGUGAAUAGAUAUACAGUACAAUUAAGCGGGUACGUGGUUUAUUCAUUACUACAUGCCACUGACUACAUGUUACUUGUUACGAUACUGGAAACAACCUGGAUACUGGACAUUAUUUAGAAAUAUAUAUAUAUAUAUAUAUAUAUCAGGUUUUGGAUGCAGAAUGAAACUUGGGUCGUAGAUGCCAAUGUGAAAAUGCAUGUAAAUUCAUCAAGGUCAGGUGUUUUUCUUUUGGCAUGAAUUGUAGCUGAAAUGACAAUGUGUAGCUUCUCAAUAUGACCAAUUGCAUCCUAAAGAUGUUUUUUCCAUUUCACUGUAUGAAUCAUGGCUGAUGUAUUGAAAGUAUAACUGGCUAUCGUGCCUUAAACAUGGGAUUGAGGGAUAUACCCCUUCUACAUAGAAACUUUUGAAUAGUCUGUGCAAUAUAUGCCUUAAACUUUAAAUGUGUUUUGUACAAGCAUUUCAGAGAAUAAAAGUUUUUCUUUUUCAUAUG